AAGUAUCACCCAGUUUUGGAAAACAUCAUGAAUUUGACAGUCAGUCAGAAAUAAAAUUAUUCAGAUGGCUUUCAUCGCAAAUUCCAAUGUCGGAUCUUCUAGUAUAAAGAUCAAAAAUAUUAUUCCACCUCUACCCUUAUCGCCGGGACAGUACGAAAUUCCAGAGAGAUACAAAAAUUCCUUUUAUUUAGCCAACGCAGCAUUUUUCGACAGUACCAACUGGUUCCUGCACAGAGCUUAUGAAGUGAUAUUCCCAACUAUAGAAGAGAAGAUGAGGUCGAUCCGGCCCAAAUUGAACAAGGAUGAAAUUUUUAGUAAAACCGAAGGGAUGGUCAAUAUUCUGGAUCAGUGUAAUUCUGUGAUUGAUAUUAGAUUUCCGGUGAAAAGGGACAAUGGGAAGUACGAGAUGAUCAGGGGCUUCCGAGCCAAUCAUGGGUUAGCUAGUGGUUUUAGAGCUUGUUUGGGAGGUUUCAGAAUCCAUGAAAAUAUCACUAGGGAUGAUAUGAAGGCGUUAUCCGUGCUAUCGACUUACAAAAAUGCAUGUGUAGGUGUGAAUAUGGCUGGAGCCCAUGGAGGUCUGAAAAUUCGCCCACAAAACUAUUCUGUUGAUGAAUUGCGGAAUAUCGUAGAACGGUAUGCUUCCGAAUUAGUAGAAAAAGGAUAUUGUUCUGAGAGAGAUGUGGUCCAACCCGAUAUCAAUACUUCUUCGCGUGAAAUGUCCUGGAUAUCGAACACAUUCGCAAAAUCUACUGGUUCAAUUUAUGUAGCAGCAGGGGGAAAACCUCCAGAUUAUGGCGGUCUGGAAAAUUAUGAUAGCAUGUCUUCUCAGGGCGCUUACAUAGCUCUGCAAUUCUGUCUGGGAAAUGAGGAUCUCAUGAAAAAAUGUGGUCUUGCCGUAGGACUGAAAGGAAAAACUUUCAUAAUCCAGGGACUAGGAAAAUUGGGGAAACCUCUAGCCAGGCUAUUAAUUAAGAAUGGUUCCAUAUGUGUUGGUGUUAAAGAUCAUGAUGCAUACAUUUAUGACGCAAGAGGAAUAGACUUGGAGAAACUUCUAGAACAUAAAAACCACACAGGUUCCAUAAAAAACUUCGGUUUGUGCAAAGAACUCACCGAUGACAAUAUCUACAAAGAAGAAUGCGAUAUUUUGAUAUUGGCAGCCCGCCAGAAGAGUCUGGUUUGCCAUAUCGCCAGAGAUGUCAAGGCCAAAUUGAUUUUGGAGGCGUCAGAUGGACCUAUAACGCCUUCGGCGCACAAAAUUUUGACCUCAAAGUCGAAGUUGGUCGUACCGGACAUUUAUUCGUGCUCAGGAUCAACCAUUGCCUCCUAUCUGGAGUAUAUUUGGAAUUUGCAGCAUGCUGGUAGUACCAAUAUGGAUGUUUUGAGGUUUUCUAGUGAUAUUUAUGGUGAUGCAUUGAAACAAAUGGCAGACUUCCAACAAAAACUAGCACUCAUCUCACCAUCUCAUGAAAAUCAUUUUGAUACGACAAUAGUUGACGAAAAGAUUGUGUCAAAUACCAUCGAGAAAAUAUUACAUACUGCUGGCAGUGAAAUGCUUGAAAUAACAAACUCACACAAUUUAGGAACUGACAUCAGAACUGCUGCCUACAUGGUAGCAAUCGAUACCAUCUUCAAAGCUUUGUUCCACGAUCAGAAGUUUAUAUAAGAUUCAAAUGGAGACUUACAUUCAAAACAUGUUUGAGUUCGAUAAAUUAUUUAUUCUUCUCAGUGGAAAAUGUACAAAAAUUAAAUAAACCCGGUUUACUUAUAUCUAAGAGUAGGUACAGUGAACAUUCAUUCAAAACGGAGGUAAAUACUCUCUGGUUGGUUGUUGUGGCCUAGUAGAGGUUCCAGGAAAAGGAGUGGCAGGUUUACCACUCGGGUAUCCCUCUGAAGAUGGCUGAAUUGUAGUCGCAUAACCUGGUCUCUCAUUCUCAUUGGGGCCCUGAGGUCUACCUUCCUCACCAGAGUAUCCACCAGGCCGCUGGAAACCAUUUCCAUUCGAUGGAAAUUGAGGUCUUCCACCAGGAUAUUCGUUAGUUUGUUGUGAUGAACCUCCAGAUGGAUAUCCUGGUUGUUGAGGAUAUCCACCAGUGCUUUGAGUCGGUUGUCUCGGUGUGCUCUGAUAUCCAGGGGUCGAUGGGUAACCAGAACCUUGUGGUUGUGUACUUGGAUACCCAUUGGUGUAUCCAGGUCUCUGGGAUUCAGUUGGUGUUUGUUCCUGUCCAUUUUGACCCGGAAAUCCGGAACCUUGUGGUCUGUUAUCGCCGGGAUACCCCCCACUUGACCCUUGAUCUGUCACACUUCCACCAGGUCCAGCAGGACCACGUUGAGGGUAACCACCUGUUUGUCCUUGGAAACCCAAACCUUGCUGGCUGCCAGUUAUGGAGCGAUCGUAAAUAUUCGCAUUUAUUCCGUACAGGGAAGGUGCUGAAUUGCAGUCAAAUUGAUUCCACCAGACGCACACCAAGUGUUCUUGGUGAAAAACGGUUCCAUUGGGACACAAAAAGUCGUACGUUUUGUUGUUGGCGCAUAUAUGGAAUACUUGGCAUCUCGUUUCGACGUCAGAGUAGUAGCCUGGAUACUGUUGUUGGUCACAAGAGAACGAUGUCUCGGGGAUAUACGAGAAAAUGGGAUAAUCCUUGUCUGGUUCUCCAGGAAUUGCUGAGUAGUCCCCUUCUUCAUAUUGCCCGUCCGACGUAUCUUGACCAUUUGGUACUUGUUGUGGAAAACCUCCUGUGCUUGGAAAACCACUUUGUCCAAGAGACCCUGGUUGUUCCGGAUAUUCACCUUGAAUUGAGCCUGGUUGACGCGAUGGCCCACCCUGAGAAGACUCUGGUCUACCGGACGGUCCAGGGUAGCCUUGAUAACCUCCCGGCUUUCCUGGUUGAGAUGGAUAACCUGAUGGGCCUUGUGGUUGUCCUGGAUAUGUACCUUGGGCAGGUCCAGCAGAAGAUCCAGGUCUUGUUGAGGGUCCUGGGUAUCCACCUUGAGGAGACCCUGGUCUGUUGGAAGGUCCAGGAUACCCUUGGGGACCACUCGUUUGUCCUGAGAAACCUUGUUCAGUGGAAGGACCUGGAUAACUUUGUGGCUUAGCUGAAGGUCCGGGGUAGCCUUGAGGUCGUUCUGGUUGUUCAGUUUGAAAUGACGGACCUGGAUACCCUUGGGCGCCUUGUUGUUGUCCUGGAAACUUGCCUUGGACUGGUCUAGCAGGGAAUCCAGGUCCAGGGUAUCCACUCUGUGGGGGUUCUGGUCUAGUGGAUGUUCCAGGAUAGCCUUGAAGGCCUCCCGAUUGUCCUGGUCUGGGUUGAGAAAUAGCUGGUGUUCCAUAUAGCCCUGAGGGAUUUGAUGCCGGACGUCCACCGUUUUGGUAGCCAUUUUGCAUUGGCGACUGGGGACCU